GUUGUUUGAAUUAGUACGGUCAAGAUAAACAAUAUAUGUGUUAAAUCAGGUAACUUUUUAUGAGAGAUUUAAUCUGACCAAAAUUUUGUUAUUUAUGUUGCAGAUAUAUAGACUGCAUUUGGUGAUAUGACUUUUUUAAGGAGGAGGAGUUACAGGGAAAAUGAAGUGUUACCAUCCGCAUUUCAAGAUCUUAUUGCAGCUAUUGGCAAUAAAUAUCAACAUAAAACAAACCCACCUGAUCAAGUGAGUUAUGGAUCCCGAGGCGAUCCCGAUGUCGUUUUCGGUGUGUUGGAUGCUAUUCUUAAGUCCACUUUGGAGCGUACCAAACGUAUGAGGGGAAACAUGUCAUGGGCACAUUAUGACUGCACUUUGAAGGCAAGUUACUCUCAGCAUGUAGAUACAAUUAGGAAUUUAAGUUUAGAAGGUAAGGUUGGAGUUGCCUUGUGGCUGCGUAACGGAAUGAUACAUAAAGGGGUUAUUCCAGACGUGGUUACGCAUAAUUACCUUAUUAAUAGAUUUUGUGAAGUCGGGGCACUCGAGAAGGCAGAAUGGCUUGUAAGAGAAAUGUCUUUCCGGGGCCCAUCUCCAAAUUGUGCUACCUACAACACUUUGAUGAAGGGCUAUUGUACGUUUAAUGAUAUUGAUAAAGCUCUUGAUCUGUUGUCAACCAUGACUGAUGGUAAGGUGAAACCAAAUAUAGUCACUUUUAAUAUUCUAGUACAUGCCCUCUGCAAGAAAGGCUUGUCAGAAGAAGCUAGAAUACUUCUUUUGAAAUUAACAGAUGAAAAUAGUCAAAAGAAUGUUAUAGCCUCGACAAUACUGAUGGACAAUUGUUUCAAAACUGGAAAUACAUCUUUGGCUCUGACACUUUGGGCAGAAAUCUGUGUAAAACAAGUGGAUGCUGUUGCAUAUAAUGUUAUUAUCCAUGGAUCUUGUUUGAAUUGGGAUGUGAUUGUUGCAUACAAAUAUGUAAGUGAAAUGCUUAAAAUUGGUUUGCUCCCUGAUAGUUUCACCUACAACACUCUCAUAAAUGCUCUUUGUAAAGCGAGGCGGGUUGACGAGGCUUGUUAUCUCUACACCGUUAUGCCAAGAAUGGGUGUUGCUCCAGAUCGGAUAUCAUACAGCUUACUGAUUCAGUGUUUAUGUAUGGUUGGUGAUGUAGGUAGGGCUGAUGAGUUACUUAAUCAUAUGUUAGAUAGGUCAAUAGUUCCUGCAUCUCUUACUUGGAAUAUUAUCAUUGAUGGAUAUGGUAAACAUGGAGACAAACAGAAAGCAUUAUAUUUCUGGGAUAAGAUGAUGACAUUUGGUGUUCCACCCAAUGUAUUUACAUAUAAUGCUUUGAUUUACAUGCUUAUAAAAGAUGGAGAAAUAGGCAAGGCUCAUUCACUAAUGAAGGAGAUGCUUGUGGCUGGUCCUUUACCUGAUACAGUCACUUACAAUCUGCUGAUAGGCGCUGAAUCUGAAUCUGGGCACCUUUAUUCUGCAUAUCAAGUUUAUGAUGAUAUGUUAAAAAGAGGGUAUGAUCCAGAUGUUGUCACAUACACAGAAUUGAUAAAAGGCUAUUGCUUAAGAGGUAAAAUAAUGGAGGCAGAGAGGGUUUUCACUCUUGACAUGCUACAAAAGCCUAAUUUAGCAAUUGAUCAUGUGCCGUUUCAAAUACUCAUCAAAACUUAUUUCAAGAUAUGUGAUUUCGACAGUGCAUAUGGUGUUUAUCUCAAGUGGUUAAGAAUGGAUCAAGGAGAAUGAUCUUCUUAGCAAAUCAUCACUGUUAGCAUCAGAAUGGCAAUAUAAACACAUUCUGUUUCAUGCUUACUGCGUGCGAUAUUCUCCAGGCUCAGGUGUACAGAUAGGAGAGCAAGCAUCUGUUGAGCAACCAUAAAAAAUAUUAUCGGGACAGGGACCAGUGAAGGGAUUCUACGAGUGAGCUGCCUGCUUUACCAACCCCUGAAAGAAAUGCACGGAUAAGAACACUAAAUGCACUAGUAAUAACUCAUUCUCAUGCUGAUCUAAUUGGAGGUUUGAAUGACCUUUGUGACUAGACAAACAUCCAGCCUUAUACUCCUACUUAUGCAGCCGAGCAUUUUGAGAUCCAAAGUUAAUUCUUACUGAAUGCAUAGAUUUCAAAUAUCGAACAUUUUACACGACUUGCAAGUGUGGUCACUCCUAAACUGGAGCUGCAGUUUCAGAGUUGCUAUUUGAUAUCAUGAAUGAAAAGCCGUUCACAGUACAUGCUUAAGUGUGGCACGGUCAUAACUAUCGUUCCCUGGGCUUUCACUUUGGCGACGUUUGUUACAUCAGGUAAUAAUGAGGACCCAGUGCUGUAUUGCACGGACACACACAGACAUCUCUAAUUAACAUCUCUAACAAUCCUUUAAUUGUUGUAGUGAUGUUAGUGAAAUACCCAAAGAGACAUCCGUUUUAAGAAACUGAAAUCUUUACAAUGGCCUUGAUCGAUCUUCAAAACAUUUUGGACUUCCGAAGGUUGAUUUCAUGAAGUAUUGAAGUUUGUAUUCAAUCUUUUCUUAGUACUCAUACGUUAGUGAUCAUGUCGUUUUUAACUCUUAAGUAUGGAAAAUUCAGCCAAAGGAACGGUGUUACACUUUGGGUCGAAAUCAAAUUGGGGAGUUACAGUCGUGUGUUGACUCUUUUUUGGCAUACCAAGAUCUAUUUGAGACAGAAUUGAAAAGAUGGAGUAAUGAAGACCCCAUGUUCAUUUAAGUACCAUGUUAAUGCAAUAAUGCUUGAUGUCCCUCAAGAUUGAGCUAUGUAUGUUUCUAGAAUGAAGGAAAUUUUAUCCGUCUAUGCCAAGAGAGCAUUCAUGUAUGUACUACUGUAAAAGUGUAAGUCCCACACAGUUGACCAACAUCACGUUUCUGCCAGUGAUUACAAAUUUGAUAAGGCUCCUUUACUUGUACGUAUCUAUUUCGUAUGAAAUUUUGAUAUAAUUUCUUUGAAUUUAGUUGUAGUGAAUAUAGAGUGAACUGAUUAUAGUCA